CCUAUUGAAUCAAUCGAUUUGAUGGGAUCCUUGAUCGAUAGUUUGAUUGACUGAUUGAUUGAUUGAUUGAUUGAUCAGACCAGUGACAAGAAAAGGAAAAAAAAAAGGGUGGAGGAGGGGGAGGAGGAGGAGGAAGAAGAAGAGGGCGAGGAGGAGGAGGAAGAGUAAGAGGAGAAGGAUGACAAGGAGGAGUAUGAGGAUGAUGAAGAAAAAGGAGGAGGAAGAAGAGGUGGAGGAACAGGAGACUGCGGCAACGGAGGAGGAGGAGGGAGAGAAGGAGGAAGAAGAAGACGAAGAGGAGGAGAAGCAAGAAGAACAGGAGGAGGAGAAUGCCGAUGCGCAGAAGGAAGAGGAGUACGAAAGGGACGAUGAGAAGGAGGCCACGGCGAUGGAAGAGGGGGAGGAGGAGGAGGAGGAGGAGGAAGAAGAGGAGGAGGAAGAAGAGGAGGAGGAAGAAGAGGAGGAAGAGGAAGAGGAGGGGGAGGAGGAAGAGGAGGAGGAGGAGGAGGAGGAGGAGGAGGAGGAGGAGGAAAAAGAGGAGGAAGAGGAGGAGGAGGAAAACGAGGAGGAGGCAGGCCCGACCAAGGCCGCAAGGCCUAUUUUCAGGCUUCCACGCAACUGGGGAAAAUUCACGCAGAACCAGUUGGCAGGAGAGGCUAACAUCAAUGUGCACAACUUCCCUUCAUUUAGCAAGAAGGCCCUAGACCUGGAUGCAAAGAUAGGGCACGUGCACCAACCCACUAAGGACGGAAGGAAGAAAACGCUGCCUCCCAAGUGGAAGGCGAAGGGUUGCAUUAUGUUCGUUGACAAUGGAUCCACCAUCGAGUUAGACAACGGCUUCCAUGAGGGAGUAGGUGCAGAGGCGCGCAGCGUUGAGGCUUCAGGGGGUGGAGCAGGCGCUGCCUCAGUCCAAAAGGGCAAGCCGACCGGUAGACGUUGUGGAGGCUCCCGGUCUAGGAGUCAAGUUGACCGCAAUGCUCCUCCAUGGGAGAAAGCGGGUCUCGCAGAGGAUGUGUGGAGAGACUGUAGGACUGUCGAGGAGCACACUGGUCAUUUAGACAAAGUCCUUAGUCUCCUUCGGCAGCACAAGUUGAAGAUCAACGACAUGAAGUGCGAGUUUGGCCGCACCCGUAUCUUGUACUUGGGUCAUGAGAUUUCCGCAGAGGGAUUGAAGCCCGAUGACGCGAAGGUGGCCAACAUUCGUGAUUGGCCGCGUCCUCAGUCUGUGACUGAGACGAGGUCCUUAGGGAUGACCGGCUACUAUCGCAAUUUUGUGAAGAACUAUAGCAUAGUUGUCGCCCCUUUGACGGACCUGACUCGCCUUGACACACCGUGGGAGUGGAUAGACAGGUGUGAGGCAGCCUUGAAACAUAUGAAGCAUGCUUUGACGCACCAUAAGGUCUUGAAACUUCCUGAUCCUGACAAGUCGUUUAUAGUAACCACGAACGCCAAUCAAUAUGGCAUAGACGUCGUGCUCGCGCAGCUGGAGGGGCCAAAGUUGAGGCCUAUCGAGUACAUGUCCAAAAAGAUUCCCUCUCAGAAGUUGGCUAAGUCCACCUAUGAGAAGGAGCUUUAUGCAGUUUACAAAGCGCUAACCCACUGGAGACACUACCUCCUUGGGAGGUUCUUCUAUGACAGGACUGAUCAUCAAACCCUGAAGUGGAUGAGAACCCAGCCCGUGCUUUCUGAUGCGCUGAAACCCUGGAUUGAAGUCAUUGAGCAGUAUGACUUCGAGCCCCAAUACAUCAAAGGAGAGUACAACAAAGUUGUUGAUGCGUUGUUGUGUAGGUCGGACUUUCUCUGUGCGCUGAUGACUGAGUUUGGGUUUGCGGACGAUGUUACUCGCUCUUUGGUGGAAGCCUAUCACGAGGAUCCGUUUAUGGUUGAGAUCAUACGCAGACUAAAGGCGAAGGACAAAGCAACUUCAACCAAGUUUGAGUUGGUCAACGGCCUGUUGUUCCUUGAGAAGGUCGGGAAUAAGCGUUUGUGUGUGCCUAAUCGGGAGUCUUUGCGUAGUUUAUUUUUAGUUGAUGUACGACAGUUGAUGUACGACAGUUGAUGAACGACACAAAACCAAAGUGGUCUUAGUAUACUACGGGUAAUGAAUGCCACAAAGUGGU